GUGGAGGGGCUGCUCCGCGACCGCUGCGUCGCCUGCAUCCAGCACGUGCUGAGCUGCGUGCGCGAAGAGCUGCAGAGUGCCCAGAGCCUGCUGGGGGGGCAGGCGGACGCUCCCAGUGAUGCCAGACUCAAUGCUGUCCUCUUCCUGGCAAGACUCUGCCAGUCCCUGACCGAGCUCUGCCCUCACCUGAAGCAGUGUAUCCUGGGCCAGUCGGGCGGCACGGAGACGGCGCUGAAGGAAACCCGCUCCGCCAAGAAGCUGGGGAAGGGGAAAGCCCAGGAAGUGACCCCUGUGCAGGCCAAGUGGCAGGAGGGGAAGGCAGAGGGCCUGCAGCAGAGCCUGUUCGCUUACCAGAUCUGGAGCUCAGCUGUCACCAAAGGUCUGGUUCAGUGCUUUACCCACACCUUGCUGCUAGACACAGCUGGCUCUGUCUUGGCCACAGCCACCAACUGGGAUGAAAUUGAAAUUCAGGAGGAGACCGAGUCUGGAAACAGUGUAACGUCAAAGAUCCGGCUGCCUGUGCAGCCGUCCUGGUACGUCCAGUGCCUCCUCUUCAGCCUGUGCCAAGAGGUGAACCGGGUCGGUGGCCACACUCUUCCGAAAGUCACCUUGCAGGAGUUGCUGAGGACCUGCAUGGCAGAGGUGCUUGCUGCCUACGAAAAGCUCAUGGAAGAGAAGCAGGAGAAGAAAGCAGGCACCUUCCCCAUGACCCAGAACAGAGCUCUGCAGUUACUCUACGAUCUGCGAUACCUGAGUAUCAUCUUGACGGCGAAGAGUGAGGAAGCAAAAACCAGCAGGAUCAAGCAUGACUCCGGGCUUGAGAAGGUGACCGACUUCCUGGAGGGACACAUAGAUCCGUUUGACUUGGAUGUUUUUACUCCGCACUUGAACAGUAACCUCAAUCGCCUGGUUCAGCGAACCUCCGUUCUCUUUGGCUUGCUGACCGGCACAGAGAACCAGUACACAAGCAGGAGCGGCGCUCUGAGCUCCCAGGAGCUCCACAACAUCUUGCCGUUAGCAUCCAGCCAGAUCAGAUUUGGACUUCUGCCACUGAGUAUGUCGAGCUCGCGAAAGAGCAAGUCUGCUACCAGGAGCACAGAAAGAGUUCAGGUUGCACCUCCUGCACUCACAAGAGCAGAAGACGAGGCAUCGCGCCCUGGCUCUUUGUUCAGGCAGCUUGUAACCGAGGAGGAAGACGCAGCUGCACCUUCUCUCUUCAAGCUGGGAUGGCUUUCUGGCAUGACCAAGUGAUGCAAUAAAAAAUAAAAAGUUUGUC